AUGCCGAGACACUACACGUCGACUUACGAUCUUGUCCGUCUGCAGCACGAAGUGCGAGUCAUUUCAUACGCUCGAAGACGCGCCAUGUCAUUGCCAAUCUUGCCGCUGGAACCUCUAGCAGCGGCACUUGAGUCUCGUACACAUGUGCAAGAGGCAUGGAUGUCCGCUAGCAUGACCAAUGCCAUUCGCAAAGCGUCAGAUACGCGUGACACUGAUGGCCUGCAUGUGUUAGAGAAGCGCAUCAAUUCUUUGUUGAGCACAUCACUUGCGCAGAACAAGAAAGAACCUUGUUGGGAAAUUGGUGCAGACGUUGCACGCACGUUUGUGGAAGAGUGUGGCUGGACCGUUGUCGAGUUGCACGGACAAGUCUGGAUUCAACAUGCCCAUGCACAUCUCGAGCAAGUCGCGAAGUAUCUUGGUGCAUGUGUGGACGUUGGAUCAAAUCCGAUCGAUUCAGGCGCAGAGCUAAUUCUUGCGUCUGUGGUAUCACUGACACAGCUGGUUGGAUACGAAGUUAUGGGCAGCGAAGGCGAGUCGCAUCCAGAGUUCCACCGUACUAUUGUGACGCCCAACGUGCCCAAGAUUGGGCAUGCUCUAGUGAGUGUAUGCGAAGUUGCAUCACAGGUUUGGGGGUCGGUGUACUCCCAUGCAAGUAUACCCCUGUCGAAAUGCCUCGAUGUGAUCCAGGACCAAGUUGUCAGGCAUGCAACGACGUAUCGGACAUUCGUUGCUCGGAUCCAUGCAUUGUGUAUGCAAAUACUAUUUGGUCCUUAUGCAACACUACAAACCGAUAUCCCGCCGCGCUGCGUAUACCUGACGGCUAGUGCGACGCGUCUUUUGUCGGCCAUUCAUGUAACAGGCGCUGCAUCAUCCUCUUUGCAGCCAGAUCUCGAUGCUCGCACCUUUUCUGGCUCCUCAAAGCUUACGCAGGCACAAUUAUGGGCUGCUACAGUCGCUGAAAUCUUGGACGCCCUUAUCGUGUGCGUUUGUGGGAGUGCCCCAUCUGUGUCAUGGCAUGCAUCAGGACUUUCCGCACCAAAUACCGAUCCUUUAGCAUGGAUGUCCCCGUCUGCAGCUGACUUUGCACAAAGCAUCCCUGCCUGCUUUGGUCGUUGUGAACUGCUUCUCGGCAGCACAUCGUGUCCCGAUGCUGUGGGCGUAUUGCCCUACUUUCUUAGCACGCCGACUCUGCGCGCUGUGCCCGUGCCCAUUGCCCGAUGUGUCCAGAUCGCUACAGCAAUGAUCCAAGCGCAUAUUCCGCCAGGUCAUCGGGCACCCAUUGAUCAGCUCCGGUUCGAACACAUGUAUCUUCCACAAAUACGUCAACUGGGUGCGCGAUUCCUUGUUCAAGUGGUAAUGGCGUUUCAGCAGCAAGCCUGGCCUUUUGUAUAUGCAAGUGAGGCAAUCUCCAAGCUCAGUGCCAUGGCCGAAUACACGCAUGGGACAGCGGAGCGAUCCCUCGCAUUGUGUGCGCUUGAUCUUUUGCUGGCGCGUGAUAGCGUGUUGGCUCCAAAUGGUUUCGCUGGUGGCGCAGGCAUACCAUUGGAUCCUGCGAGCACAGUGGUCCAACGCAUCGCGCGAAUCUGUAUUCAAACGCUCAGCGCAUUCGUCGUUCAAGAGCCUAUGUCAUGGUCGUGCAUGCCACCUUUGAAACGCACACGCACGUUCGAAAGCGAUGCGAUCGUUGCCUCAACACGCGUUCUUCAAGAUGCGAUCAUGUCCAAAACGUGCACAGAGAUGGACAUGGUCUGCCAUGCAGCGUCUGUUCUUGUUGCUUUGUUUGGUCUGCUAAACUCGAGCGCUGCGCCAGGGCACCGAGAUCUUGCACGCACCGGCGCGCUUGCUCUUGUCGGUUUGACAGAAGUCCUCAUCGAUGCUCGUGUGCUGGAUGCGUCAAAUGAUGCUAUGCUAACCAUGUGUGAACGGUGUGUGGAUGUCCUCACAUCUUUGGUUGUAUCUCAUGCAGGCGCUCUAGUAGCUUAUGUCUUGGCGCGUGUGCAUGCCAUACUCGUUCGGGGCACGCAGUCUAGUAUAUCGAGGGUGCGCAUCGCGUGUGCUGUUGGCGUAUCGCGCCUUCUCGUCGUAAUUCGGCCGCGCGUCCCACCUCUUACCGAUCAUAUCGACUCAAGUGCGUUGGAGGAGCAAGUGGCUGCGACGGAAACACAGGACCAAGUGCCAUUGCCUGUGGCUGGCUGGCAGGGACCUGAGUCGGUGUCAACUUCGUUUGCCACAAUCGAUGAAGUAGCUCCUCGCGUGCACAAAGGCGUCGCUGGUAUGUCGGAAGCCAUCGCGAGUAUGUCAGACGCACACAUUGAUCUCGAAACCCCGCACUCUGUGCCUGCGCCUACCACUUCUAUCGCGCGCUCAUCAGUAAAUGAACUUCAUCGUCCGAUUCGUUCCGAAGUUACACGUCCCAACUUUGUUUCUCCAGAAAAACAUGAGCAAGUCAGGACAGCUUUGGAUUCUUUCUCCGGGACAGACGCCGACGACCACGCUCAGAGGUGUCGCUCGCGGGAUGGGAUGCCACAUGGUCCAGGCGUGGCUACGUCUUCUUUCCAAUCGUUUGGUGAGCGGCCCAUGGAGUCGGAUCACAUAAAUGAGACACACGACCACUCUGUGCAAGUGCAGUCAGGCAAGAAAGCAGCAUUUCCAUCGGACAUCACUGCCGCUGGCAAUCAUGAUGACGACGACGAUGACGACGACGCUUUGCCCCUACUCGACGCAGAUGCCUCAGAUGAUGAGGUUGAGACAGAAUAA